CGGCGCGGCCGCCAGACGUGCCGGCAGUCACAGGGUCCCGCACGUCGCUCCCGUCCACCCACUCGCCCGCAUUUAACCCGGGCCGCCGCCGCCCGCCGCUCCUCAGCCGGCGCGGGAUGCGCAGCCCGCCCUGAGCCUCGGCAGCCGCUCCGCUCCGCUCCGCCGCCGGCAUGGAGCGGGUCCCCGGCGCGCAGCCCCCGCCCGCCUGCCUGGGCAAACUGCCCGCCCUGGACAGCGGCGACCUGCCGGGGCUGGACUUCGCGCACAUGUACCAAGUUUACAAGCCCAGGAGAGGAUUAAAGAGGAGCGAAGACAAUAAGGAGACGUACAAACUGCCGCACCGGCUGAUAGAGAAGAAGAGGCGCGACAGGAUCAACGAGUGCAUCGCCCAGCUCAAGGACCUGCUGCCCGAACACCUGAAGCUGACGACCCUAGGUCACUUGGAGAAGGCUGUGGUGCUCGAGCUCACCUUGAAGCAUGUGAAAGCACUAACCAAUCUCAUUGAGCAGCAGCAGCAGAAAAUAAUUGCUCUGCAGAGUGGUUUACAAGCGGGUGACCUGUCAUCGAGAAACCUCGAUUCCAGCCAGGAGAUGUUCCAGUCCGGCUUCCAGAUGUGUGCCAAGGAAAUGCUGCAGUACCUGGCGAAGCACGAGAACGGCAAGGAGCUGAAGUCGUCGCAGCUGGUCAGCCACCUGCACCGGAUGGCCGCCGAGGUGCUGCAGGGGGGAGCCGGCCGCAAGGCCCCCGACGGCCCGCCCAAGGUGGGCGACUCGAAGGAGAAACCCGUGUCCUUGGGCAAAGCGGCGGAGGGCCACGGCAAGAACUGCGUGCCCGUGAUCCAGAGGACAUUCGCUCACUCCAGCGGCGAGCAGAGCGGCAGCGACACGGACACGGACAGCGGGUACGGGGGAGAGCUGGAGAAAAGUGACUCCAAAUGCGAACAGCAGUAUUUCAAAAAGGAUACCGACCUCAAGUACGCUGUCCAGGAGAGAAUAAGCUCGAUUAAGCAAGAGACUGAGGACCCGCCGGCCAAACGGAGCAGGCUGGAGUCGCCGGAGGACGAGGGCCCUUUUGGCAGCGACAUGAUGGGCUCUCCCGGCAGCUUCCUGGGCCCCCACGCUCACCAGCCUCCCCUGUGCCUGCCUUUCUAUUUGAUCCCACCCUCCGCAACGGCCUAUCUGCCCAUGCUGGAGAAGUGCUGGUACCCGGCCUCCGUCCCUGUCCUCUACCCCAGCCUCCCGGCCUCUGCCGCCGCGCUGACGGGCUUCAUGAACCCCGACAAAAUCUCCCCGCCUCUGCUGAUGCCCCAGAGACUCCCUUCUCCUGUACCAGCCCAUUCCCCUAUCGACUCCUCAGCCCUGCUUCAAGCCUUGAAGCAGAUUCCUCCUUUGAACUUGGAAACCAAAGACUAAGUGCAGUGGGACUUCUUCUUUCCCCCUUUUUUUCCCCUUUGUUUUUAGUUCGAGCCUGUUUCACGUUUGUACAUUGGCCGGACUGAGGUGUGGGGGGAUGAGGUUCACUGUGUGUAGGGAGCCAAGUCCCCUUUUCUCUCGCUUGUCAGGUAGCUUGGAGAAGGAUGAAGGAUGUGCCCAAGUUAGCCAUUCAGAACUACUCCCAAAAGAAACCACAAAAGCAGGGUUUUGUGCUCCCCCCUUGUCCUCUCUGCGUCUACAGAACAACAGUUGACUCUGUCAGCUGCAACUAUAUUGCAAAGCUGUGAAAACAAAGAUUCCAUUAGGCAGACUUGGGUUUGGGGUCUGUGAAGGUAAAAAGACACGGUACUUGUCAUUGAGGCUUCUGAGGCAACGGCCCCGCCGCAGCGGCUGGCCCGGCAGCGCCCGGCUCCGCGGCGUGGCCGCCCCCAGCCUGGCUUGGCGGUCCGGCCGUGCCUCUGGCAGCGUGGGAGGAGCAGAGCAGCGGUCACUGCGGAGUCAGGUAGACUUAAGACGGGUUUCUCUCCACACCUUUGCUGAUUAUUUUAUACAUGUUAUUUUUUAUAAGAAAUAAACCGUAGCUGCUGCUUGGGAGCUUGACACAGCGCACGGCUGCUGAGCUAACGCGCCCCUUCGGACAGUUCCGCUGCUGGGCUGGGCUGGCCAGGGGAGAGAACGCCCCAGGGAGCACUUGGUGUGCUGCUCCUGACUCCAGGCCUCGCUGGCUGCUGCUGUGCAGCGCUGCCAGGCCCAGCCCGUUGGCAAUGGGAGCGGCUGUGGGGGUCAGGGGCGGGCAGGAGGGGGCAGCUCCCACCGGCCGAGCGCCUCUGGGACCGGCUGAGAUUCCCAGAGGAGCCUCGUCCCGGUAGGGCUGGAGCACCUGAGCCCUUGGUGUCCUUGGCAGAGCCUGGCCCGCGUUACUGUGCUAAAGAAAGAGGGUUAGAGUGUUGACGCUUGUCCCAUUCAAGUGCCAGGGUCUUCCUCCACAUCACAUCCCGUUUGGCUGCUUUUUUAAUUACAACCAACCUUGGCUGCAAGUCGCUGGGUUUUGGGUGGUUUUUUCAUCCUGGUUUGGAGCGCUCCUGUGCAGCCCCUGUCUGUGCACUUCCCUUCGCCCUCCUGUUGCACCAGCUGCUGAGAUGCACUAUGCUUGAUUGCAGGUUGUGUUCUAACGUUCAUUUUGUUGUUGGUUUUUGGUUUUUUUUGGUAUACAGUUGUUGCCUUUAUUUGUAAAAUCCCCUUAUAAAUAUAUAUAUUAUAUAAAUAUAUUAAAGGUAAAGCGUUUCAGAUGUCUAUUAUUUGUAUAACUACUUGAGCAUAAAGAAGUGAGAAAUAUGAAUGUAUUCCUGUUUCUGGGUUGUCCUUUUUUUGAAGAGAAGAGUUUUCUGUUUUUCUCUAGGGAGAGGUACAGUGUUUAUAUUUUGGAGCCUUCUUCAAGGUGGGAGAUUGUACAUAUUUUUAUCUCGAGUAGAUGUUAAGUAGUUGUUUAAAAAUACUUAAUAAAAUAAUUCUUUUCC